GAAACCUGGCCGAAGCACGGACAUAAGGAAACGGCAACCGGAAGUGUUCGUCCUGAAAAGUGUUCCGUGCAGGCGCAGUGUAAAGAUCAGAGUGUAUGGUAAAGAUGGAGUGUGUGAAUAGAACGGGACAGCUCAUGAGUCUGGCGGCUCUGCAGCAGCAUGACCCCUACAUCGUGAACCUGCUGGACGUCGCCGGACAGGUCGCGCUCUAUACUUUCAGCUCCAAAGCUAACGAAUGGGAAAAGACUGAGAUUGAAGGCACAUUGUUUGUGUAUGCCAGGUCGGCUUCUCCCCAUCAUGGCUUCACAAUUAUGAACCGUUUGAGUGCAGAAAACUUAGUGGAGCCGAUCAAUAAAGACCUGGAGUUCCAGCUCCAGGACCCUUUCCUACUGUACAGGAACGGCAACUUGGGCAUCUACAGUAUCUGGUUCUACGAUAAGGCCGACUGCCAGCGGAUUGCACGGCUCAUGCUACAGAUAGUCAAACAGGAGGCGUUGCGAGCGUCUCCCGACAGAGGCCUGAGCGGCAGGACCAAUGGUUGUGUUCAGAGCAGACCCACAGAUAUCCUGGAGCUGCUCAGCAAGGCUAAAGAGGAGUAUCAAAGGAGUCAGUCAGUGGAGAGAGAUGUUCGGGUGAGCUCUGCACCGUCACACGAGAAGAGAGAGGACAUCCCAGCCGCUCAACACGAGAAGUCCGGUCACUCAGUAGUGAAGCAGAUCACAGUGGAAGAGCUUUUUGGCAGCUCUCUGCCCAAAGAAGCGCCCCAGUCAACAAGCUCCACUGUGGGAGAAAGCAUGCGUGGGCCUGCGUUUGUUCACUCGGUGGAGCCUCUCCUCGCUCCUCGUCUCUCUGCUGACCCAGGAGGCCCGGUGCUGGUCUCUCUCUUUCAGGGUUGUGGCACCCGAGACCCAAGACCGUCUGCUUCAAAUAUGGAGGACAGCGGGAGCAGUUGUGGUUCGGCUGGUCCACUUCCUCCUGCAUAUACGAAUCCCCCCACAGAGGGUCAUGGGAUGCCUGUGUCACUGCCAGGGUUCAUGCCCGGCCCACUGGUCACCCCACAGAGCUUCAGAGAAUCCGCCUGUAAAGUUUCAGGGCCCUUCACGGGAAAGGCUGCAUUGUCGGCACAGAGUAAAGAGGCGAAUGCCUUUACACAGUCCUCGACUCUGGUCAAACCCAUUCCAGCGGGGCCAGCUAAGCGCUGCAGGUGUAUGAUGCGACAAUUGAAUCCUCAUGGUCUUGUUUACGCUGGUAUUUGCAGGUUAGAUUAG